AUGGAGUCAACAGAAAAGACAUCUGCUGAUAAUAAUAAUCCUCCAUCUGCUGAUAGUAGUGAGGAAAAACAAUCGUCGACAAAUACUGAGAAAGAUUCAGGUUUCGAAUGUAAUAUUUGUUUAGACACAGCUCGAGAUGCUGUGUUAUCUCUCUGCGGUCAUUUAUUCUGCUGGCCAUGUAUUCAUCAAUGGCUUGAAACACGUGCACAUAAUCCCACUUGUCCUGUAUGUAAGAGUAGCAUCUCACGUGAUAAAUUAGUGCCCAUUUACGGACGAAAUUCUCCACAAACAGAUCCAAGAAACUCAACACCGCCGAGGCCAGCAGGCACAAGACAAGAACCACGUCGGAAUCGAACUUUCGGACUUGGUGAUGGUGUGAAUUUCCAAAUGUCGUUUGGUGUUGGUGCCUUCCCAUUUGGACUUUUCCAAACAGCAUUUACUACUAACAACAACGAAUAUCAUUUCGUUCCACCACCACUUGGUACUCCGGAGCGUUAUCAACAUGAUUUAUUAUCACGUGUGUUUCUCGGCAUUGCAUUGGCAGUUAUUUUGUUCAUCAUUUUCAAUUGA